AAAGAACAUCGUUUUGGAGGAAAAACCUCAUUUUGGCUCGACGCAGAGCCCUGUGGACCCGAGGACAUCUAGCUGCGAUAUUUUUUGUAGGAAAUCUUGACAGCCGAAUUAAUUACCUUAGCUGAUUGCAAGUGGCCUCUUGUGGAGUUUAUUACACAUAGUAAACACGUGUAGGGCUUUGAAGUUUACAAAGCGCUUUCCAGGGAAGAGAUUUCCACCUUAAAAUAUUGCUGCCCAAAGAUUUACAAUUGAGAAAUGCAAGAUUGCUGUGUAGUUGGCAGCUGAGAACAAUACUUAAUGGGUAUCAUCAAGUAGUACAACAGAGAAUGCAACACUCUCCUGAUCUAAUGAGCUUCAUGAUGGAAUUGAAGAUGGUUUUGGAAGCUGCUUUAAAGAAUAAACAAGAGCUAUAUGUACCACCUCCUCCUCCCCAGUUCUACUCAAGUGUUGUUGAAGAGAUAGGAACUCUUGGUUGGGAUAAGCUUGUGCAUGUGGAUACUUGCUUUAGUACCAUCAAGUUAAAAGCUGAAGAUGCUUCUGGUAGAGAGCAUCUAAUCACUGUCAAGUUGAAGGCAAAGUAUCCUGCAGAACCACCAGAUUGUAUUGUGGAUUUUCCUGUUUCAUUUUCUGUUUCCUGGACACCACAGAGCUCCUUAAUAAGCAUUCAUAGCCAGUUUUUGGAAGCAUUAGAAUCACUGAAGGCAUUCUGGGAUGUUAUGGAUGAAAUCGAUGAGAAGACUUGGGUACUUGAGCCAGAAAAACCUACACGGAGUGCUACAGCACGCAGAAUUGCAUUAGGGAAUAAUAGUUCAAUAAAUAUAGAGGUAGAUCCCAGGCAUCCUACUAUGCUUCCUGAGUGCUGUUUUCUUGGAGCUGACCAUGUGGUAAAACCCCUGGGAAUUAAGCUGAGCAGAAACAUACAUUUGUGGGAUCCAGAAAAUAGUCUGUUACAAAAUUUGAAGGAUGUUUUAGAAAUUGAUUUUCCAGCUCGUGCUAUCCUGGAAAAGUCUGAUUUUUCUAUGGAUUGUGGAAUUUGUUACGCCUAUCAACUUGAUGGUGUCAUUCCUGAUCAAGUGUGUGAUAAUGCACAGUGUGGACAGUCUUUCCAUCAAGUAUGCUUAUACGAGUGGUUGAGAGGACUGCUGACCAGUAGACAGAGUUUUAAUACCAUAUUUGGUGAAUGUCCGUAUUGUAGUAAGCUAAUUACCUUGAAAAUGACUGGGAGAAGACCCUGAAAUGAAUGCAACAUUUCUGUGGAGACCUGGAAACUUAUAUUAGCAAAAGGAUUUUAUUUAAUAUCUUCAGAGAAAAUAUAAAGCAAGACAUACUAAUAUCAAAAGAAAAAGAAUGGUGAAGCCAUAAUAACAUAUAUCUACCUUUGUCUCUUCACUGAGAGUAAACUGGGACAUCAUAGGCCAAAAUCCUGUAGAACUUUCUAAUUCUGUGCCCUCUGUACCAGCUGUAGAUGUAUAUGUGUCCCAAGAUGGACAGCUUGACUUGAACACAUCUGUACUGGUGAAACCUUGAUGGGGUUCAUAAGAGGAAUUUGGGAAUUGUAUACAGCUGGAUCUUUGUGGAGAACUUUUUACUUCAUUCAGAAAUUCUUGAGACUCACAAUAUUUUUGUCUUCUCCUUAUGCUUUCCUAUGAGAAAAUUCAUACGGUGUAUGUUAGGUUUAAGUUAUUUGCAUAUUUUGUGUACUCUAUAAAAAUGCUAAAUAAAAUUUGUUACACAAGA